CAUAGGGGACUACUCAUUCAUUUCACUAUUCAAUUCGUGAGUCCACAAACAUACAAACAUGUUCCAUCCUCUACCAAGCUCUCUCCUCCUCCUCCUCCUCCUCUAUGCGCUCUUCCUCUCCGUCGUCUACGCUGCAGAGCCCUCCUCCGCCGCCUCCGCCGCGCACCUGCGCCCGGGUUACUACUCGUCGACGUGCCCGGGCGCCGAAUCCACCGUGCGCGGCGUCAUCCGCCGUGCCAUGGCCCGCGAGCGCCGCAGCGCCGCCUCCGUCAUGCGCCUCCAAUUCCACGACUGCUUCGUCAAUGGGUGUGAUGCGUCUUUGUUGCUGGAUGAUACGCCGACGAUGUUGGGGGAAAAGCUGUCGCUGUCGAACAUAAACUCGCUGAGGUCGUACGACGUGAUCGACGAGGUGAAGGAGGAGGUGGAGCGGGAGUGCCCCGGCGUCGUCUCCUGCGCCGAUAUCAUCGUCAUGGCCGCUAGAGACGCUGUUGUCCUGAGUGGAGGACCGUACUGGGACGUGAAGCUCGGCCGGGUGGACAGCUUGACGGCUAGCCAAGAGGACGCGGACCGGAUCAUGCCGAGCCCGAGAGCGAACGCGACGUCGCUUAUCAACCUCUUUGCGCAAUUCAACCUCACCGUCACCGACCUGGUCGCGCUCUCCGGCUCGCACUCCAUCGGCGAGGGGCGGUGCUUCUCCAUCGUCUUCCGCCUCUACAACCAGUCGGGUUCGGGGCGGCCCGACCCGCACAUGGACUCGGAAUUCAGAGGGAAGCUCGACACCCUGUGUCCAAAGGGCGGGGAUGGGAACGUGACCGGCGGGCUCGACGCCACUCCGGUCGUGUUCGACAACCAGUACUUCAAGGACUUGGUUCGGCUGAGGGGGUUUCUGAACUCGGACCAGACGCUGUAUUCGGACAACGAGAAGACGAGGGAGCCGGUCGAGUGUUUCAGCCGCGAUCAGGAAGCAUUUUUCGCGGCUUUCGUCGAGGGAAUGGUGAGGAUGGGAGACUUGCAGUCCGGGAGGAGAGGGGAGAUCAGGAGGAACUGCAGGGUGGUGAAUGGUCAAAGCAUGAGUGUUGAUUUUAUGGACAUAAACGGUCAAGGAAGGAGGAUUUUGGAAGAGUAGAGUACAAGGAUUUCGGAGUUCAUAUCAUAAGAUAGUUUGUUAACAAGACCAAUAUCAACACUUGCCUGGUAUGUGCUAAGAUUUGUAUUCAUAUUUAACUUCCUAGAGCUUUUGAAUAUUGAUAUAUUUUUGAUCUGCGUGCAUGGAUCAAACUAAAGCAUCUGUAUCAUCUAUAUAGACAGAUCGACAAUAUAUAUUAAAAAGGAACAAUGUGAGAAA